GCGGAAGGUGGGAUUGGGUGGGCGCAUGCGCAGUAGGGGAGGCACGUUGGUUCAAGCGAAAAAGAGGGGAUACGAGGUUUGAGCGGACGGAAUAGGGGCGCCCGCGGUGCAUUAUGGCUGUUGGCACAGGAACGUCACUGGUGCUUUCCUCCCUCCUGUCCCUCCUGCUUUUCACAGGGAUGCAGAUGUACAGCCGCCAGCUGGCCUCCACGGAGUGGCUAACCAUUCAAGGCGGACUUCUCGGCUCUGGGCUCUUCAUAUUCUCCCUGACUGCCUUCAACAAUUUUGAAAACCUGGUUUUCGGAAAAGGGUUUCAAGCCAAGAUCUUUCCCGAAAUCAUCACCGUCCUCCUGUUGGCCCUGUUUGCAUCAGGAUUGAUCCAUCGAGUCUGUGUCACCACCUGUUGCAUCUUCUCCCUGAUUGCCUUGUAUUACAUCAACAAGAUAUCGUCCACCCUAUAUCAGUCUUCCACGCCGGCGCCGGCGCCCGCCAAGGCCAUCAGCAAAGGCCGGAAGAGGAAUUGAUCUCUGUGAACAUUCGUGCCAGGCGUGGGGUGAGAAAGGAAGUUGAAGGAAGAGGGGGAUUCUGGCUGAGCAAAAUCCGAACAUCUAAUAAAACAAGUCUUUUUUAAUAAA